CUUAAAGAUGAAUCAACAAAUAGUAAGUAAUAGCAUAUAGGAAAUCAAUCAUUACAAUAGAGUGUUAGAGGGAAAUAAAAGAUAUGUGGCAAAAAAAUUAACAGAAGACCCGAAUUAUUUUGUGACGCUUUCAAAAGGAUAAAGCCCAAAAUACUUAUUAAUAGGUUGUUCAGAUUCAAGAGCCCCACCUAAUGAAUUAACAGAGACAGAUCCAGGAGAAAUAUUUAUUCAUAGAAAUAUUGCCAACUUAGUUAUUCCAACUGAUUUGAAUGUAAUAAUCUAUAUAAUUCUUAAAGUUAAAUUGUGUAAUUUAAUACGCAGUCGAACAUUUACAUAUUCAUAAUAUAGUUGUGAUGGGACAUACAUGUUGUGGUGGUGUAAAAGCAGCAAUGGCUUAAGAUUCAGUUGGAGGAUUAUUAGACCUAUGGUUAAAUUAAAUAAAAUUAGUUUAUGAAAAACAUGCAGAUCUAAUUGAAUCCUUUGUUGAUGAAAAUGAUAAAGUUAAUUGUCUUAGUUAAUUAAAUGUAAGGGCAUAAGUUAUGAAUAUAUGGAAAAAUCCUAUUGUCUAAAAGGCUUGGUAAAAAGGAAAUCGUAAAUUAUAUUAUUAAUAUUUUUAGCUGUCAUGGUUCAUGGAUGGCUAUUUAGAGUUGAAACCGGAUAUAUAGAAGAACUUUUAAUUGAUUAAUAAACACCUGAAGAAAUGUGCAAAGUUUAUGCUCUCAAAUUUAAAUUAGAAUCAGAAAAAUAAUUAUCAAAACAUGUUUCUCCUACAGGUUCACCAAAAAAUAAUGCAAAAAAAAGAUUUUAAAAUAUGCAAAGAAAAAUAAUUGAUCAUAUUAAAUAGCUUAAAGAAAAUAAGAUAGAUGAUUAAGAAGGAGAAAAUAAAGAAAUAGGAGGAUUUAUUGAGAGUUCAAAAGAUUUAUGA